CAGCUCCGGUGCUUAUCACGUGACGGGUGGCGGCUGAGUGGGGCGGAAGUGGGCGAGCCCGCGGCGCUAUGGAGGGGGCUUUGGAGCAGCACCUGGAGGACACGAUGAAGAACCCGUCCGUCGUGGGCGUGCUGUGCACGGACUCGCAAGGGCUGAACCUGGGCUGUCGUGGGACCCUUUCUGAUGAACAUGCAGGGGUGAUCUCGGUUCUGGCCCAGCAGGCAGCCAAGUUAACUUCAGACCCCACUGAUAUUCCUGUGGUGUGUCUGGAAUCGGAUCACGGGAAUAUCAUGAUCAAGAAGCAUGAUGGCAUCACUGUAGCAGUGCACAAACUGGCAUCUUGACCUUUCACCAGUCUGCUUGGUUGUUUCGACACCCUUGCAACACCUUCUGCUUGUUGGACUCCUACCUCCCUCUGUAACACAGAACGUGCUUGUAAAACUACACGUGGGCCAACUAUUAAAUGCUUGGUAACUUUCCUGUGUGUUCAGACUGCUACUGUAUAUCGGUCAGCAUCUUUAAAUUGCCAGCAUAUUACAGGACAUGUACUGUCAAGUGUAAAAUGAGGUUUCACUUGUUUUGCUUUUGUAAUCAAAAUAUAUAGUGUGUGGCCUUACAUCAUUUAUUCAUUUCUCCAGUGAGUGAGAGCACAUGCAGUGGGUUCAACACUUCAGUUGGUAGUUGAAGUGGAAGUACACCAAUAUCAAACUCUUGUCUUUCUCUAAAAUGUUAGAGUCACAAUCCCUUCCUUUCAAGGAAGGUUACUUCCUGCUUCUUGGCAGUCCCUCAGCUGUUUGGGAAGAUAAGUCCUGUUUUCUGUACCUCAGGAGGGAGGGGGAAUCAGACUCAUUCAGGCUGCCUUUUGACACCGAAGUCAAAAGAGCACAUGCUCCAUUCUUCAAGUUCCUUAGAGGAAACCUUUAAUCUCGUCUGGUUAAAAGCAGACAGCGUUGUUGUAUUGGAAACAUCUUGGAUUAAAGUUUAACUAAAGUUAAAGUUUCUAGCUAUUGCAUUACUGUUUGGACUGGAAACAGACCUGUCAGACAUAACUGAUUGCAUGUGAAGUUGCACUCAGGUUCUAGUCCUCAACCCUAUGCUGAAAACUUCUUCAGGAGAAGAGUUGUUGUAAAAAGCCUUUCCUUUGCUGUUCAAAUGUAGAUAGAAGCUUAUCUUGUGUACAGUGAAAGCACAUUGAAAGUUGGACAUGAGACCAUAUUUGACCUGAAAGUGACUCAAUAAAAAGCUGGAAGUACAA